CCACCAUCUGACCUAGCUUGUUAUUCAGCAGACAUCCUUUUCUCCUAUGUCCUAACUGAAGAACGCUCACGACUGCCAGGCAGCGUAUAAAACCGUUAACUCGUCGACAUGGCCAGCAUCGACCAUCCAGUCUUCCACACAUCUGCUUAAACUCAGUAACUUUCCCAGAAACUACACACAAUGUCUCUUUGGGCUUCACCUCCUCUUCCUCCCACCAAGCUCGGCAUCCAUAGGCCCCUCGCUUCCCGCGCAGGUGUCCAUGUCUCCCCUAUCCAGCUCGGUGCGAUGAGCAUCGGCGACAAGUGGCACCCGUUCGGCAUGGGCAGCAUGGACAAAGAGUCCAGCUUCAAGCUGCUCGACGCGUUCUACGACGCCGGUGGUAACUUCAUUGAUACCGCGAACAAUUACCAAGACGAGUCCUCUGAAGAGUUUAUUGGCGAGUGGAUGAAACAGCGCGGCAUCCGCGACCAGAUCGUGCUUGCCACCAAGUACACGACCGACUUCCGCCGCGGCAAGAACGGCCAGCACAGUGCCUUCGUCGGAAACAGCGUCAAGUCCAUGCAUACCUCCGUCACCGCGUCUCUCAAGAAGCUCCGUACCGAUUACAUCGAUAUCCUCUACCUCCACUGGUGGGACUAUGCCACCUCUGUGGAAGAGGUCAUGGACGGCCUGCACACGCUCGUCCAGCAGGGCAAGGUCCUCUACCUCGGUGUCUCCAACACGCCCGCGUGGGUCGUGUCUCAGGCGAACACGUACGCUCGCCUGACCGGCAAGACGCCUUUCACGAUCUACCAGGGCAAAUGGAGCAUCUUGGAUCGCGACUUUGAGCGCGACAUCCUGCCCAUGUGUAUCGCCCAAGGCAUGGCCGUCGCGCCGUGGAACGUCCUCGCGGGCGGCAAGAUACGCACGGAUGCUGAGGAACAGCGCCGCCUCGAGUCCGGCGAGAACGGUCGCCAGAUCUCCGGCGAUUGGAAGCGCACGCCCGAGGAGCGCAAGGUCUGCCUCGAGAUCGAGCAGGUCGCAAAGGAGGUCGGGGCGAAGAAUAUCACGUCGGUUGCGAUCGCGUGGAUUAUGCAGAAGGCGCCAUACGUAUUCCCUAUUGUUGGCGGCCGCAAGGUCGAGCACUUGUACGACAAUAUCGAUGCGCUGUCGAUCCACCUCAGCGACGAGCAGAUUCAGCGCCUCGACAGCGCUGUGCCGUUCCACAAGGGAUUCCCGUAUACUGAAUUCGGCGAUGGCACACUCUACAGCUUCCUGCAUCAAGCCGCUGGUCACUUCCAGAAGUGGCCAAAGGCCGGUCCUAUCAAGCCAGAGCUCUCAAAUCAGUAGGCACGAGGUCUGCUUGCCCCGCGAGGCAAUAUAUUCCUAGUGGGUCUGAAACUAUAGUAGUCCGGUUGCGAUCUAGAUCGAUGCUGUUAGUGUAGCGAUACAUAUAAGAAUAUGAUUGAUCAAACGCCAUGAUUACGGUAGGGAGAGAGAAAACGUGUGAUGAACCCCUUCUUGGUCGGCCUUCGUGGUGCUAGCCCUACCACAACGCUGAUAGUGCGAUGUGUCCGACAUUUGAAAUCUUAGACGUUGCUUGCUGUAGCCAGGCUGCGUGGACUUCGGUAGCCCUUUCGCAAUGAGACACCCUGACCUCUAAUCGCAAAGGGACUACCAAGGUCUACGCAGAGACCGGGUCCCCAAUAUUCGUGCAGUAGUAUAACAUGCAAUUAGUACGACCUGUAAAUCGGC